CAGGUAGGUAAUCCUAUCGAUGAACACCCGUGUUGGGAGCGGCCAGAGGACUUGGACCAAGGAAAGCCUCGACCGGUGUACAGUGUUACUGAUACAAAGCCGGGGUCUGAGGUGGCAGGUGAGACGGCUGCCGCACUGGCGGCUGCUUCCAUCGUCUUCAAAGACUCCAAACCUGGUUAUUCAAAGACCUUGCUCGAAAGGGCAAAAGUUGUACGUUACCUUAGCCCAUCCAUCUUAGCUUCUCAAUUGUUCAUCGACUCUCUUUGUCACAUCGAAAAUUAAUUAUGCGCCCUAUCUCAUUAGUAAAAUGAUUAAACUCUAGCUUCUACAAGUAUAACUGCAGGUGUUUGAGUUUGCUCAGAAUAAUCAGGGUUCUUAUAGCCAAUCCCUGGGUGAUGUGGUCAGCAAAUUUUACAAUUCAGUCUCGGGAUACAAAGAUGAGCUUUUGUGGGCAGCAGCGUGGCUGUAUAGUGCUACUGAUGGGGAUGAAUAUUAUUUAAAGGACAUCGAAAACUUAGUUGAUUUGCUUGACGAUCAAACCUUCAGCUGGGACAACAAGAAUCCUGGGAAUAAAGUUAUCCUGUCCAAGAUCUUCUUGGAGAGAGGCAAAAAAGAUUUAAGGGUGUACACGGGACAUGCCAACACCUACGUUUGCAAUGUACUUAAUGGCCCACACACACAAGGGGGGCUAUAUCUCCUGGGCGACUGGAAUUUCCAAUACCUGUCAGCAUCAUUUCUCCUAGUCACCUAUGCAAAACAGCUUAAGUCGGCCGAACACCCUGCCAUGCCUAGUUGUGUCCACACGGCGGAUGACCUCAUUGAAUAUGCGAGGAAACAGGUGGACUACGUUCUGGGGGAUAACCCGAAAGGAAUGUCCUACAUGGUCGGGUUCGGGGAUAACUAUCCGAGACAAUUACACCACAGGGGCUCUUCUCUUCCAUCGGUAUGGGCCGAGUCUGAGCCCAUGUUCUGCAAAGGUGAAGCACUGACAUCACAUUAUCCGAACGUGAACACUCAUGUUGGAGCCAUUGUGGGUGGUCCGAAUAAGAAUGAUGAAUUCGACGAUGACAGGCAAAAGUAUGAGCAAUCUGAGCCAGCAACCUACAUCAAUGCCGCAUUUGUUGGAAUUGUUGCUUCCUUACUCGCUCAAUAGGACUCCAUCUUAAUUACGUCGCACUAUACAUCUUCCACUUUUAUCGAACUCUAUUUCCAUUUUAUUACCUUAUAUAUACAU